UGUGUAUAAAUAGUGUCGUAAGGUCUGGUUUCAAAACAGAAUCAAAUUUGGAUUAAUCUCAUAGACACGCAUCGUCAGGGAGCAUCUUUUAAUAUGAAAUUCUUUGUUAUUGCCUUUGCUGUGAUCGCAGCUGCUGCGGCUACAUCCAUCUCCUCGGAGUACCUGCCACCUAUCGACAAUAACCUCGAAGUCAUCGCUGAGCCCAUCGACCUACCCGUCGAUCAGGGAGUGCUAACUGAUGAUGGCUACCGUUACAAGACCGUCCGUCGUCUGAAGCUCCGUCAUCGUCGUGAUGUCAACGAGCUGCCCUCCGCCGAGUACCUGCCCCCUGUUGCUGAGGUUGCCCAGGACAUCAGCAUUGCUGCUCCCAUCGAAUCCGCUCCUCUGGCUGAUGAUGGCUACCGUUACAAGACCGUCCGUCGCCUGAAGUACCGCCAGCGUCGUGAUGUUUCCGAGAUUGUCAACGAGUACCUGCCCCCUGUUGAGCAGGCCGUGAUCGAUGUUCCCGCCGAGACUCCCAUCCUUGCCGAUGAUGGUUACCGCUACAAGACUGUCCGUCGUCUUAAGCUCCGUCGCCACUAAAGAUACMCUCCCAAUGAAAUACAGGAACUGAGGUUGCCAACAAAAAACCAGGCUAUGGCAAUCUCAAACGAAGUUAACAUAAGCGUAUUAGUCAAUGAGAAAGAAUUAUUCGAGUACAAAAA